GCGGCCAUUACGAUUGCCAUAAUAGCGCUCAUCAGACCCCGCCGCCUAUCACCUUUACCUUCAUCUUGUCUAAUUACAGGUCGCGUUUAUUGUUUCAGGAGGAGAGCGAGCUCUCGAGCAAGCGGUGGGCCAGUGCGCCCCGCCGCCCGGACAGCCCCUGCGUCCUGGGGGCACCGACGUCUAGGGAGGCGGCGGGACCGCCGGUGCAGCUGGAACCAGUGGAUCUGUCCGUGAAAACUCCUGUGGUGUUGCAGGUGCCACGGUACAGCCCGGCGGCGAUAAUUAACGCCGUCGCAAGAAGAGUACCGUCGCCCUCGACGACGCCCACGCCGCCGCCGCCGCUCUGCGUAUCUACCGGUGAGUAG